AUGAUGGAAUUCACUGAGGCGCCCGUGCUGAACAUAUCUCUCGACUUCGGGAACGACGCCGAAUUCGAGUUUAACAACCUCGGGGCUGGAUGGCCAUUAGGCAGCGCCAGCGGCUCCUCGUGUGCCUCGUCAAGCUUCGGCCCUCAUACGCCAACCUCUGGCCGCUCGAGUCCGCACUACUCCGGCUCCUUUGACUUCGGUUCUUCGUUUGCGUCCUCUACCGGCGUCGUCCCCUUCGAUCACUCUCCGCCUUCUUCUGCCACGUCGACCUACUUUCCGAUGACGCCCAAAACCAGCAACGUCUCCAGCUUCGUCUAUCCCGUCUUCCCUACCACGCCUUCACGGGGACAGCUCGUUUUCUCUUGUGAUCCGCUCAGCAGUUACGCUGUUCAGUUGACUCCCUCGCAAAACAUGGACUGCAGCUUCCCCGUGAACCAUCUCGAUUCCCACCCCUACAUGGACGCCCCACCCGCUUUGGGGCGGUAUGACCACCUCUCUAUGGGGGCGUCUCAUUGGGCGUAUCCGGACAGUCCCAUCAGCUUUGACCAACAACACUCUCCGGUUGGGGUCGCGCAGCCAGUCCAAUCGAUCAAGCAGGAGUUCGACGAGGACACGAAGACGCCAAUGACGCCAAUGACGCCCUCGAUCACGGCAAAAAAGCGAGUUCUGAUGGACCAGACGCGGCACAAGACCAUGGCGCUCCAGCAGCAAAUGCAACAAUUCUCGCCAUCUCGGACACGGACGCGGGCCAAGAGAGGAAAAAAGUGCGGUACUGCGGCGGUGGGUGACGACAACUUCUCGAUGGGCGCUGUCGAGCCGGCCACCAAAUGCGAAUGCCCUGUUGAGGGGUGCGAUAAGCAGUAUCGGAGAUCUGAGCACAUGAAGCGGCACAUCCAGAGGAUGGACAACUUGACUACUCAUAUCAAGCUGCACUGGGCCCCGAGGGAACACCCGGGGUCUAAGCCGAGGGUGAAGUACUGCCCUGCUGCGAAGCUACAAUGGGAGAAGAUGGUGCAGAACCAACGAAGGGGGGGUGGAGGCGCGAGGCGCAAAGCGCGCGCCGGCUCGGCCAAGUGA